AUGAACAUUGAGUAUGUGAAGAUUCUGCCUCGAUUUCAUGAUCUUAUCUAUUAUUCAAAGGACCUUGACAAACUUACGGAUCUCCCCGUCCUUGGGAUCCUUCAUUUCACUUUUCACCCCGGAGUUGACAUUGCCGAUACACAGCAGUGUGCGGCUGCCUUGUGGAGGAAGUCUUUGAAAUAUGUUUCAACAAUCCCUGGAUUUGAAAGGCUAUUGUGGUCGCUAGUGAACGAUACUAGUACUUCCGAGUCGUCAUGUCAGCAGGUCGUCGUCUUAAUCCAGUGGAAUGGCGUUCCUGGAUGGAAGUUGUUCCAGUUGUCCCUCGGAUUUAGUAUGAUGCUAGGCUAUAUUGCACAAGCCUCAAAUCGUUGCAUCCAACAUACUCUGCCGCUGGAGAUACCGAGCUCAUGUUAUCUGGAGCUAGUAUCCUUUCAGUUCCCAGCUACGCCAUCUACCCCUCAGGUAGAUGAAAGGACAGAGUUCAAAGUUAAAUGGGAUAAUACUUUCUCGCCGCCUUGCCAAGCUGCUUUAUCUGAGGCUGGAUUGGUGCACGCCGGUGGAGAGUGGCUAGAAAGAGACACUGAUUCCGAGGAUCCCUUCUUUGUCGGCCUGCUUCUCUGGAAUUUGGGGGCAGGAGGCAAUCAAAGUAUUCUUGUCAAUCGUAUAUCUCCCCUCGUCGAGAAUGCGUCGUCAACAGUGUCCGUAUGCACAAACCAGCUGGCUUUUGUCUCACCUGAUGAUGCAUCUAUACUUCAGCCGUCUGACUCUUUUACGGGCUGUGAAAUUUCCAAAAUCAGACAUCCAGCUUUUCAAAAGCCUGUGCAACCAAGAUACAGCCUUCAUGAAGAUUUGGGGACUCCUGGUACUAGUGUUGGGAAGGACAUCUGCCAUGUGGAAAGUAUGUCGCUGGCAAGGCAAAGGCCCCCUGAGCGCAUUGCCGCUGGUCCGGCUGGGGCUUGGUAUAGGGCGUCAACUAUCUCUCAACAUCAUAUUCCGCUUCAAGCUAGGCUUCAAUUUCUGCCCCAGAGUCUUAUAAAAACUGGUACAUACAUGAUUUCUUUCUGGGCACGACGCGGCAAGCAGCAUGUACAAAGCUCCUUUGAGGCCUUGCGGAUGAGACUUUGGAAGCUGGGCGACUGCCCACUCCUUAAAUGGGGCGAUGAUCCAGUGAAAGAAAUGGACUGGGCCAAGAUUCUGCUUUUCAUUGACCUUUCAAACCCCGUUCAAUCCAAUGAAGAUACAUAUUCUCUUCUGCAGCAGUAUCUUCAGGAAUUUUCCGAGAUAUCUGGUGAUGACAUACAGUAUCUCCAGCAUAGAAUGACUGCUUCUCCACAAUUCGUUGGAAAGUGCAGUGAUGCAGACAUAACAUUUUACGAAAUGCCAUCGGAUGAGAAUGACCGACGCGCAUUUAGAUAUGCCAUGAUGAACUAUGGAGAGACUUUGAAUCAACAAGUCAUCCAGGGAAGUAAAUCAUCCCCGUGGUCAGCUCUCGAAGAGAGAUGCAGUUCCUGGGUUCCGGUCAAUCCUCGCUUUACUGGAGGCGACGAAAUAGGGCCACUCAGUUUCGCAUCGGUAUUCAGUCCCCAGAAGGAGGGAGCCAGAGAAGAGUGGUAUAACGACUUCGCCGAGCGAGCUCAAACUCAAUAUGACCUCCUGGGUCAUAUCGUUGACUUGAUGCGAACUUUGUGUACGAGCAUCGAGAACUACUAUGUGAUUUUUGAGAACGAAGAUCCCUGGAUGGAAGCAGAUAAGCUGGAAAAGUCCAAGCGCACAUAA